CAGUCACGGUGUCAGGGAAAAGAAAAAAAUAAAAAUAAAGCCUAAAAAAUUCUACGAUGAAUAAAAUAAAAAUACGAAAAUAUUAUUCAUAGUACAAACCCCCAAAAUCCCAUCUUUCUCUGCCCCAAAUCCCCCACAAUGAAACCCUAAUUCGAUCAAUCUUUACUUUCAGACGAAAUCUUCUCACCAAACCUCUCAUCAAGAUCAAUCUCAAUCGUUCUGAUAAUUCUCAGUUUUUCUUCUUCACCGCUAGUUUUCUAGGGCUUUUUUGGGGGGGAUUUUCCGUUGUUUUCUCGCUGUUUUCGACAUGGAUGGGAACAAAGACGACGCUUUAAAGUGCCUCAAAAUCGGAAAAUAUGCUUUGGAAUCCGGCGAUCGAGCUCGCGCGUUGAAAUUCAUCACCAAAGCUCAGCGCCUCGACCCGACGCUUCCCAUCGACGAUCUCUUAUCGGCGAUCGAGAAAGAUUCCGUCGACGGAGCGCCGAAAGACACCGACUUGUCAUCCAACGGUCAUCCUUCCGAUUCGCCUUCGUCUAAGCCAUCCGAUCAACCCUCGCUUCGCCACCGGGUUCCGACGACCGGUGCUUCAUCGUCGUCCGUUGCGGCGGCUUACACCGAGGAACAGAUCGCGAUCGUGAGGCAGAUUAAGAAGAAGAAGGAUUAUUACGAGAUUCUAGGGUUAGAGAAGAGUUGCAUUGUUGAAGACGUGAGAAAGGCGUAUAGAAAGCUGUCUCUUAAGGUUCAUCCCGAUAAGAACAAAGCGCCCGGAGCCGAGGAAGCUUUCAAGGCGGUUUCGAAGGCGUUUCAGUGUCUAAGCAAUGAAGAGAAUCGGAAAAAGUACGAUCUCGUCGGCUCCGAUGAGCCGGUCUACGAGAGACGCACGACGAGGCACGCCGCGAAUGGAUUCAACGGCGGGUUCUAUGAUGCCGAGUUUGACGCAGACGAGAUUUUCAGGAAUUUCUUCUUCGGCGGAAUGGCUCCAGCGACGCAGUUCCGCGGGUUCAGCUUCGGGACUGGAAUGGGGCCGAGGCCGGCCGACCAUCACCACGGCUCCGGCGUCAACCUCAGGGCAUUGAUUCAGAUCCUGCCGGUUCUGCUGAUUCUGCUGCUCAACUUCUUGCCGUCUUCGGAUCCCAUUUACGCACUUUCGAGAUCGUAUCCUUAUGAGUACAAGUUCACGACGGAAAAGGGUGUUAAUUUCUAUGUUAAGUCGACAAAAUUCGAGGAGGAUUAUCUGGUGGGAAGUCGUGAACGAGCUAAUAUAGAACAUCAGGUUGAGAGAGAGUACUUUAACAUUCUUUCUCAGAAUUGCCAGCUCGAGAUUCAGCGUCGUCAAUGGGGUUUCAUACGCGAGACGCCACACUGCGACAUGUUGCGGCAGUUCAAGUCGAAGGCGUACUGACUUGAAUAGAGAGUGCUUGUUCGGUGACAUACUGAAAGUGGUUCAGUAUUUUCUGUUCCGAAGAGUACACAAGGAUCAUGGAAUUUGCACAAGAAAUCAAGUAUAAUACUCGUGGUUUUUCUUUUUUCUAUUCGUUUUUUCCCUGCUAAGAAAUCCAUUAUAGUAGCUAGUUUUGGUUUAAAAAGAUUGGCCUGCUACCUCUUCUAUUUACUUCUUGCAUGUUGCAACAUAUUUUUUUGUGAAAAUGUCUAAUUCAGCUUGGAUGCUUGUUGCUGCAAUAAAUGUGUCCAAAUAUGAAAUUUUGAGCCCUCCUAUCGUUGAGUUCACAGGUUCUGCUGAAUACCAUAUGAAGUUUUUGCCAUAA